AUGCGUGAUGCAGGUGACUCAGAUUUCUAUUACAUUGGAUCACUUAGGAGAUUUAAUGAUAAAGAUUAUCAGCUUUCUAAAGUUGCGGUCAACCCUAAUGCAAGUAUAUAUUCAGCUGAAGUGGAAACAGAUACUUCAAAUGAACGAUAUAUCUGGGAUCGAACAAGUUUUGUGGGAUCAAUAGAGCGUGGUGAAUUCAUUUAUUUCUUCUAUCGUGAGAAAGCCAGAGAAUAUUCAAACAUUGGGAAUAUUGUCUACUCCAGAGUUGCAAGGGUUUGCAAGAAUGACGGAGGAGGAAUAGGUACGCUCAAUGGUAAUUUUCUUACAUUUCUUAAGACACGGCUGAUGUGUUCGGUUGGAAGUGGAUAUCCAUUCAUCUUUAAUGAAAUCCAGGAUGUGUUCCAGUCUCCAAGUAAUGAAAAUCUCAUGUAUGGAUUGUUCACGAAUCCCAAUGCGGGAUUAUCAUCAACUGCAAUCUGUCGGUAUGACAUGUCUGAAAUUGAUAAACUGUUCAAUGAAGGUACGCGCCGAGGUCAGGAAAGUGGUGAUAAGCAGUGGCAAAGUAUUCCUAUAGAUGCUGAUGACACCGUGGAAAGAAGGAGUUGCAGCGAAGCAUUCCCGUCAAGUCUAAACACCUAUCUGAUAAACUAUCCUUUAAUGAACACCAAUGCUCCGAACUGUGGCCUGACAACAUCGUGCGACGACUACACUCGUGAGAGUGAUGAAGCUCUGGCUGUCUUUGAGGGUAUUCGUGGCCAGCAGCUAGUAGUUUUUAAUGACACUGGACUGACUGGACCCAUCCAAGUUUAUGUUGGCACUAAUAACAAUACAGUCUUUGAAGCAUCUAUCACUAAUUCUGCUGUCACCAUCAGCAAGCAGUUUAACAUCAAGGUUGACAUUUUAAUGUUUACUGAAGCGCAGCUACGAAACAAGUGGCCGUUUGCAGUAACUUACCUCGGAGUAAAUGGUAAUGAUAUCAUUGGCACCCUGGACAACAUGGUUUUCCAGUUUACACCAGACACCACUGAAGGUGGGCAAAUCCUUGAUCGAUCACCCUCUGUCUAUGGGGUUUAUUUCCCCGAAAAAGUACCUAAUGCCACAGUCGAAAUCUUCAAACUCUUCGAGGGACCAAGCGGCUCAGACAUCACAGCCUCCUUUUCAGAGAACUACAUGCGUUCUUGCUCUCAAAACACCUUCAAGUCCAGUGGGAGCGGAAAGAGGGAAUUCCUAGCUGUUCUCUGUAAGAUUAGUGAAGUUAAUGGCACUUUAAUUAUCACAGUCUCCAGUGACAGCCUUGGCCUUACCAACACCUUUAGUGUAGCAGUCGUGUCGGACGAAUCAGAACUUGCUGAGUGUGAUCCAUCGGAGGUUAACAAAUAUGACCAUGAAAUGGCCGAGUACAGGUAUGAUUUCAAGCAGUGGCUAAAUAGUUCUGUGACUUGUGAUGAUGGUACAAUAGAACCCUGUCCGAGUGCCAGCAAACCUGGAAUCUAGGACCCCUCAAUUCAUCCAAAUAGUCAAUGGCAAGUUUUAUCAAUCACCUCAUUUGUCGAAUUUCAUCAGAUAGCUAAUUUCUACUUUGAGGCCUCACCCACCGUGAAGCAAUCACCAAAAUCCCCCUCUGAUGUUAUUCUGAAUUCAGAGUAAUCCCGAAUCUAGAAUCAGCCGUUCGUUGGUGACUUGUGCAAAAUGCAUGGCAAAACAAUUGUAAAUGUUGAAAUGCUAAAAAGAAAUGUGAAAAAACGUUAGUCGUGUGGAUGGGUUUUAUUAUUUGCUUUUAGUUUUAUUUGCAUAAUUUCUAUUAAGGCUUAAAAGGUUUGGUUGGAAAUGAUAUUCUAUGAUAUACAUGUAUUUGUUUGAAUAUUUUUUAAUUGUCAUGGGAAUAGUUUGGGUCGCAUUACCCUCGUGCGAACUGUAUAUGGAAUAUAUUUAUAUGGGUGUAAAAAUGACAAAUUAUUUGCUGUCUUUUGUGCAUAGAUAUUGAGUCCUACAAUCCUCUUUCCUUAUGUCGUGCAUUUUUUUUGUACCAGUGUUAUCAUUUUUUUAAAUUUAAUACGCCAAAAGUAAUCAGUAGCGGCAGCCCUUAUCUUUGCAAGGUAAAAACAGUUGUGCCUGCAUUUCCAAGGCAAUAUUAUGUACAAGGAAUUAUUGAUUCUCUCUUGAUCACCAUUGCCCUGGAAGCAUUUCAUGAAACGAGUAGUCAGAGAUUUUUCUCUUUGUUACAGGCUACUGAAUCCUUGCAUCUGAUUGGCUCAAGAGAAAAUUUGAAUUUCACUGACUAAAUGCUUCAUGUUCGUAUUACUAGUAAACUACAAUUCAGUCAAUAUGGAUGGGAGUCCUUACCCACCACUUUUUAUUUAUUUCUUGCCCAUAGAACAUUAUCUCUUGCCUUUAUUGUAUCGUGAUUUUCAUGCAAUUCCCUGUGAUUUUUUUUUAAAAGGCAGUUUAUUGGUUGUAUCCAUAGAAAAUGAAAGACAUGCUAUUUCUCAAAAAAAAUAAUGAGAAUAAGUACUUUAUAAGAAAUUGUCUUUACUUUCAUUUAUAAGAUAAAGUGAUGGAUCCUAAUGAUUGGUUGCAUGCACACAUGACCAGUCAUUUAUUGUACCUAAGCCAUAGAUAUGCUAAUGACUGGUGAUGAGUGGUCAUAGUUAAGUCUAGUGACUGCUCAUGGCUUUGAGACAAGGAUGGUUUAUCAAGUAACAAGGAUCCACAUUAUCUUAUAGAAUAUAAUACUAUCUUAUGAAACAUAAUACACAUUAUUUUGCUUGGGCAAUAGAAUAAUUACCCGCAUUUGUUACCUUUCAAAUUGUUCCAAUUGUACCUUGUGUAAGUCUUACUAAUGACCUGGAUGAUGUGUAUUGUCAUUUGUAAACUUUGCCCUAACCACACACACUGAUGAAAUAGUUGAUGGUGGGAAUAAAUCUGUAUAUUCCCUGGCCGUGAAUGUCAAUAUUAUGAAACAUAUCAAUCUAAAAUAAGCAUUCCUAAUUUAAUAUAUUGUUUAAAGUUGUCGGAGUGAAUUUUCAAGCAUGUUUAUGUAAAGCUUUUAUUUUUCAAUGAUUGCUGUUUAAAUGCCAAUGGAAAUUUCUUAUAAAUUAUAGUUAGAUGCUCUUGAAUAGGUAUAAGGCUUGUAGUGAGUAAUUGAAAUCAGUUAAAAUAAUCCUUGUUUGCUGCAUUGUAAAAAUGGUAUUAAAAAAAAACAAAGAUGUAGAUGUUAAACUCUUAUGAUAAAAAUAUAAAUGGUCUUAGAGAUUUUGCAUCAUUGAGAAGAUAAUCAUCGAACAAACAUCUAAACAGUGUCUACUGUGGAUGUAUAUUAUUACAUGUAUAUUGCAGGCAUGUGUAUAGAAUAUCUGUAAUUGAUUGCUUUGCUAAUAAUACUAUGUAUAUAUUUAAUAGGAAUUCACCAUGAAUAAAUUUAAACAUGCAUGCUAUAAAUGCUUUAUAUUCAGAGAACUACCGGUAUGUCAUAAGUAACCAAGAUUGAAAAAAUGCACUUUUUGCUUCAUCUGCACAAAUGCAUUGAGCAUUUGACUUUUAUGGUAAAGGUAAACAUGUGUGUAUUGAUGACAAUACAAUUGUUCAAUAUGAAUGGUUUCCUAGAUUGAGUUUACUACAAAUAAGUGUAAAACAAUGUUCAUGUGGGUUAUUAUUAGAAGUGAUCAGAAGCGUCUAUAUCCAGCAUUCAUAUUAAAUUGUGUGUCAGUAAUGCAUAUUUCAGUUACAUUUCAAACCAUAUUUACCAUUGCAGCUACAUGUAUGUGUAUAAUGUGUGAAGAACUAAUGUGACAAAAUAGCCAUAUUCUGUACAAGUGAUAGUUGCAGGUAAUAAUUGAGAAAUGGAAGUAUGAAAAAAAUGAAAGCUGAAAUAUCCAGGUUUCUCAAAGAUUGAGUGCUAUCGCAAAAUACAACUAAUAAAAAUCAAUCAAGGUGUUCAGAUAUGCUAAUCAUGUAUUAUUAUUAGUGUCUACUGGAAGCAUGUACAUAAAGCAUUUAUAUAAUUUUCCUAGCAAGGAUUAUGCCAAUUUAAACUGCAUUUGAAAAAUUAUAUUUACCAUUGCAGCUAUUACAGCAGUUGUGUCGUAUAUGAACACUCCUUUAUUAAAAAUAGAUGCAUGUAUUUGUCACAGAACAAAAAUGUAAUACAUUAUUAAUCGAGAUUGCAUAUUGAAUCAACUUUUCAAAAAUACAAGGUUUGCUUUUUUUUUUUUAUCAUCUCAUUUUUAGAAAAUGGAUGAGAUGGGUCCGAAUACCAUAGCUCUAUUAAGGUUAUUGGGAAAGGCAGAUGGUAUUUUGAAAGACAAGUGCAUUUCACUGGCAGAAUGUAAAGAUGCAUGUACGAAAAUGAACUACCGGUACAAUGUGGUUUUAUGAAUACAUAUGAAAACAACAAACAGUAUUGUAGUGCAUGCGAUACUGUAGCACGUACUUGAUAACCCGUGAUUAUAGAUGCAUUUAAAGCCUACCUGCUUUCAAAAUAGUUUGUUGAUUGAUGUCAUACUUUGUGUUUUAGAAUUAAAUGAUAUUAACAUGGUCAUGUGAUUUUUCAUGUGACUUGUUAUAGCCGUAAUUGGUAAAGGUUGUGUAUGUAUGCGUAUGUAUGGCUAUACUUAGGUUUAGUACCUUUAAAGGAGAAUGAAACUCUUGGAGCAAGUUAGCUUUUGUGAAAGCAGAAAAAUCAAAGAAUAAGAUCAACAACAGUUUGAGUAAAAUAGGACUAGCAAUAGAAGAGUUAUGAGCAUUUGAAUGUCGAGAUCACUAAUGCUAUGGAGAUCCUCCCAUUGGCAAUGCGACCAAGAUCUAUGAUGUCAUAGAUGAACAACUCUCCCCUUUUGGACACUGAAAAUAUACCCCAAAACAUCUCUUUUUGCUCAUUCUAAUCAUAUGACAAACGAUUCAUCAAUGAUAUAAUGUUGUGAAACCUCUGUACUUGUCCUCUCAUAAAGAGAACACCUCACCUUGUGAUAGACUCUAUAAAAGUGAGAAUAUAAGUGAAAUAAGUACUAAAGUAAUGAGGGAGUUGUACGUGUGUGACAUCACAGAUCUUGGUCGCAUUGCCAAUGGGAGGAUCUACAUGGCAUUAGUGAUCUCAAUAUUCAAAUGCUCAUAAUUUCCUAUCAUUCAUUCAAUCUUCCUCAAACUUUCAACAAUAUGUUUCUUUGAUUUUUCUCUUUGAUAUGGAUUAAGCUGGUUUCAAGGGUUUCAUUCUCCUUUAAGUGUAAAUGCAUGGAAUGUAUAUAUUAGAAGGGUGGUAAUCAUCAAAUCGUUUAUAAUGUAUUUUAUAAGAUUCAUAUUAAUUUUCAUUAUGAUGUAUAUACUUGAACUCAGAUGUGACUUUCUUGUUUUUUCUGGCAAUACCAUUUUGGAAAGUCUCAACCUUAGAUGAAGUCAGUUUUUAUUUUGGAAUUUAGGAAACAGGUCACUGAAGUAAAAAAAAAAAAUACAACUGCAAUUUGCAACUCUGACAUGCAGUAUUCAACAUUGAUAAAUACAAUGAGAAUCCUUGUCAUUCUCCAAUACCUGCAAAACAAUUUUAUAUCGGAUAUAUUUAGAGAAUAGCUAGAAAGAAAGGGAGCCUAUUAUAAGAUACAUCACAUAUUAAACGUGGUGUGAAAAAUUUUGAAGAAGUAAAAAAAUAAAUAAAUGAACGUAGAAAUAUAUUGAAAUAAGGUUUGAAAUCAUUAAUUGGCAACAGACUGGGAAUGCCAAUCCAUUCCUUCAUCGAUUCAAAAUUUGCCUUUCCUAUCUUUAAAAUUUGUUUUGACAUAUAUACAGUGUAUACUGUGUGAUGAGGCAUUGCAAUCAAUCUAAAAAUAGCAGCUGUAAAAGUUAGAAACAGUGAAUUGCAAAUUUUAGGAAUAUAUCAAAUAGUCCGUAGAAUUAAUGUUAUUCUGAAAGUCAGAGAAUAAACCAACGGCUAGAUUGGACUUAUCCCUUAAAAGAUGAUCACGAAUUUGGGAUAGUUCAUUUCAGAAUAUGGUUUGUCAUGUAAAUUCUGCUCU